AUGGCUGAGGUCGCACAGAGGCUGCUGGAAGCUGGGGCUGAUGUGACCCUGUGUGACUCCACACAGCAGACAGCGCUACACAUGAGCCCUCCUGAGCUCCAGGGGGAAGUGUUGGGGUGGAUGUCGAGGCCUCAUCUGCCUCCCCAGGCUCAGCUUCUGCAGGCAGCCUGGCAAGGAGACUUCCCCUCCCUGCAGAACCUACUGGCUCAGACCGACAAGGUGAAUGUGAACGUUCCUAACAGCGAUGGCGUGACUGCUGUGAUGCUCGCUGUUCGAGACAUUGACCUCUUUGAGGGCAUAGUCAUUCCGUUGCCAUGGGAACACAAACCUGUUGAAGUGGUCAAGGCGCUGCUGGAACUCUCAGUUGAUCUGCAGGUACGAGACGACAGUGGUUGUUCAGCUCUCAACUAUGCUGCUAACAUCCACAGUCCUCUGAGGGGCGAGAUCAUUCAAAUGAUAGCUGAGGCCCUGCUUCACACAGAUGCUGCCUCCGUGUCAUCGCUGGCCAUUGACACACACUCAUGCCAGGAUUCAGACUCAGAGUUUGGAGACUCAGACAUAGACUUGGACCUUGAAAGCAUUUAUUCAAAUCGGUCGACAGCUGCCUCCCCAACGCAGACACCAACAUAUCAGCAGAGUCUUCUACUUCACAACCAAACAGGGGAAGUGCCAGCUUCUCCAGGGUACCCUUCUCUAUCUGACCAUCAUAAAAGUCUUAGUCAAGAUAAGGGAAUCCCCCUCUGUUUCGAAAACGCCAUGGAAACACUGAGUGACAUCAGGCAAGGCUACCAGGACGCAGGGAGGGGAGGCAGAGGCGGUGUAUCUCUGCCAAGCCUCAGCCAAAACUGCAGACGCUGGAGCCACUUGGAUCCUGCUUCCUCAUCUGGUUUGCAGAGCACCAGGACUUCCUGCCAACUGGUACCCCACAGACACAGGCAGAGAACAAGAAGUGUGGUUACCGCUUCCUCAUCCUCCCCUGGCCGACUGUCUGUGUCUGAGCCCAGCGAGCUCAGCCAAUCAGCACCCAGCAUUAUGGAACCCCUUUUGUCUACCAACACUAUGAUACUGGCCAGAGCACACAUCCGGUCACGGCUGGGUUCUCAGGAUACUGUAACUGAACAAAAGCAGCUUUCACCGAGCCUCUUACCAACUCCUCAUCCAAGAACACCCAGGUUGUUGACACCACUAGACAGCAAGCACAGGGAUAUAACACCUCUACCAGGACUUAAGCACCCAGUUCCCCUGAAACCCAUCAGCCGGAGUCCACUUUGCUCCAGAACCAGGCUGAGGAGAGAAAGACUUUACAGAGGCAGCUCACGCGCCGGCCCUUUGACCACCAAGGGUGGUAGUGAGGACAGCAGCAGCAGCAGCCAGAGCUCCAUGGAUCUAGAGGAUGAGGAGGAAGAAGAUGCAAGGGCUUCAGAAGGAGUCCCUCUACAGUUUGUUGGAGACUUAUUGCUGCAGCGUUCAAACAACGUGAGCUCCAGUGCAGCUGGAAUGGACUGCAACACAAGGGAGCACGUAAAAGUUCCACCAAGAUCAAGUCAUAUUCCACAGAUCCACAGAUCAGCACAUGAUACAGAGCCUUUCAGUCAUACAAGUGAUCAUCUCAGAGCUGGAAAACACAUGAACACUUACUGUGAAGACAAAGUCAGCCACCUACAUAACACAAAAGAGCUCUUUGACAGCGAUACCUUCAUAAAAAGUAAGAAUGCACAGCAAGGGGACACUGAGAAUGCAAAUAAAGGCACUGUUAGCAACGAGAUACCUAUCACAUCCAAGCCACAAGAGAAAAAGACACAUGUUGGCUACACCACACGACUUGAAACUGAGAACAGCCAUGAGCCAAUGGUUAACAAAGACCAGAGUCAUGCUAUUGCAGACUCAGAAGAGAGUUACAGAAAUAACCUACAGCAUGCAAAACAGACAGAAAGAACCUUAAAGGGUUUCUUUUUUGAGGAAACUCUCGCAGAUCGCAUCCCUUGCAGUGAGGAUGUAAAGUUGGAUCUUAAGACGGCUGAAGAAAAAACUCAUCUAUUUGCUUCAGCUGGAAAUGUGGAGACCAGGAGAGAUGAGAGGAUGCUGAAAGCCCUAAAGCCUGUCCAGAACAAAGUGAGAAGAGCCAGCAUGAGCCGUGAAGAAGGGGCAAAUAUUCAAACCAAUCCCCAGUCCUUCAACACACGAGGGAACAAAGACCGUGUCAACCCCAUUCAGAUCAAGACCAAAGAGAAUCUGAAAAUCUCGCCACAUUCCACACAAGCAAAAGUCAAAACAGGAAGAAGCCAUGAGCUGAUGAUCAGUGGAGAGAAAGCAACAAAAGUGAAAUCAAAGUUGAAGUGCGUUAAAGGUACCGUCACGCCAUCACCACGAAGGAAGGUUUCUGAUCACGCACACAGCAGACGAGCAACUCCUGACAAGUUGAAUAGCAACAAAGCUCAACAGCACCUACCAGAAAGGGAGCUGAAGAGCACCAAGCAGUUAAAGAGACCCGGACUAGAGGCAUCAUCGAGGUCCAGAUCUGUUAUGGACCUCAUCACGUACAAAGACAUGUUUCAGCAGAUACAGAGUGGAGACAAAGGACCGGCCAUCUAUGAGAUGUUUGCUGGUCCUAUCUAUGAGAACCUUCGAGUUUCCAGCUCCUGUGAGAAGGUCAAGGACCGACAAGUGCAGUCUGCGCCGUCUCGUAAGACACACAAAGUCAAACAAAGACCAAUGAAACAGAGUAGGCAGAGGAGAAGUCUGGCAGAAAGUACUGGAGUUUCUCCUAAAACCAAACCAAAACUCACAACCCCUCAGGUGAAGCAACCAACACCUGUACCAAGGAGGGGCACACACAAAGUGAAGGAAGUAUCGGAUGAACACUCAGAGCCUGAGCUGCAUGCCUGUAAGGAUGAUGGUAGUUUUCACAAUAGUUCCCAAGAGAAGGAUGGAGAUGAUAUGCUGUCUACCAUAGAGGAGGAUCUCUCUAGGCAUGGGUCUGAAACAUUCAAAUCUGACAUCAAAACACUGACCACACCAGAAGAUUCAUGUCAAACUAAAGGAUAUCGCUACAUCCAAGAAACAGGACGCUCAAACCUUCCAGUCUCCCUGUCAUCUCAAAGCCCACAACACCCCAAGAUCAACACUUGGACAUCCACCAGCAGCAACACCAACACCAUCGUGUCCCCAGUUUACCAGAAGUUUCUGGAUGGGGUUGGGGACGGGCCGCUCACAGAUGACCUGCUGCAAUGUCUGGCCGAGGAGCUGAUCUCAUUGGACGAGAGGGAUGUAUCCACAGGUCCAUGUUCUGAAGAUGUGGAGCCAAGUAAAGAGGAGCGUGAUGGAGAAAAUGAUUCUUUAUUGGUCAAUAAAAUAGAAAGUGCAGCUCUGCUCGGCUCCGGGUUGGUUGUAAACGAUACUAUCACAUGGACAAAGGGUGAAAUGCUUGGCAGGGGAGCCUAUGGAACAGUGUACUGUGGCCUGACCAGCCAGGGCAGGCUGAUAGCUGUAAAGCAGGUGAGACUGGAUGCUUCUGACCCUGAUGCUGCCAAGAGAGAGUACGGCCGUCUUCAAGGGGAAGUGGAUCUGCUUAAAACCCUUCGACACAGCAACAUUGUGGGCUUCCUCGGGACCUCAUUGUAUCAGCAUGUAGUUUCCAUCUUCAUGGAGUACAUCCCAGGCGGAUCCAUUGCCAGCAUCCUUCACAGGUUUGGCCCCCUGCCGGAGCGUGUCCUGGCUCUUUACACCCAUCAGAUCUUGGAAGGGGUGACUUACCUUCAUCUGAACAGGGUGAUUCAUCGAGACUUGAAGGGAAACAACGUCAUGCUGAUGCCAACUGGUGUCAUCAAGCUCAUAGACUUUGGCUGUGCGCGCCGUCUCAGCUGCCUGAACUACACUGCAAGCAACAGCGAUGGUGAUCUGCUGAAGUCUGUCCAUGGCACACCUUACUGGAUGGCACCAGAGGUUAUCAAUGAGACUGGAUAUGGCAGGAAAUCAGAUAUAUGGAGUGUUGGUUGUACCGUGUUUGAGAUGGCUACUGGGAAACCACCACUGGCACACAUGGACAAGAUGGCUGCUUUGUUUUACAUUGGGGCUCAAAGAGGAACGAUGCCCUCCUUACCAGAAAGCUUUUCGGAUGGUGCAAAGCAUUUUGUCGAAAUAUGUUUGACAAGUGACCAGAGACUACGGCCAUCUGCAGAGCAGCUGCUGAAGCAUCAUUUCCUCCCUCAAACUGAGACUAGAGUGAACUCCUGGAAAACAGAGAAAAGGAACUGUUGUGGUCUCAGAGAGGGACUGUGUGGAUAAAGUGCUGCAUACAGCAGAGCAUGUUGGGAUUGUCUCAGGAGAUACUGGGUGAUUUCUCAGAGAGUGGUUUCUCAAACAUUUUUAAGACCCUUAGAGGGCCUGCCGCCUAUCCUCACAUGUACUAGAGGUGUGUUGAGAGGAAUCUGGCCUACAGCAGACCAUUUAUGUUUAAUUAAGAAGACUGUAUGCAUUACAUUCCUAAGCUUAAGUGAAAAGAAACAAAGCACUUUUGUAUAAUUAACUUCUUCCAUUAAUAGAACCUAUAAAAUGUGAUCAGAAUGUAUGCCACAUUUUUUGAUGACUUCUCUUAGAGUAAUAAAUGUGCCAAUGUAACCUUAAGUUAAAUCUAUGCAAUGUAUCUUUAGGUCUCUGUGGUAUGUAUGGUCUAAGGUUAUAUGUAUACAUGAGAUACAUGAGACAGUGCUGAUGUGAACCAUAGACUGUAUUUAAAAUGGACGUCAUCUCGCUUGACUCGAAGUGAGGCCGCCACAAAAACUGCUCCCCCUAGUGGCUGGC